GCAAACACAUCUCGUAUCGAUCAAACAAUAAAAAAGAAAUCUUUGAAGAGAAAAAUGACGGGAAACAUGUAUAAGAUGAUGAUGUUGAUGGCAUUGAUAAUGAUGGCAUGUGGUUUACAAGCAUGCAAUGCAACGAAUGUUGAUGAAAGCAAGCCAGAUCCAAAACUUGAGUGCUUCAAAAACUGUUCCAUAAGUUGUGGCAAACAAAACAAACCUUGUUACGAAGAUUGUUUGACGAAAUGUGGUCUCCCACAACGUCCUUCUACAUCAACACCAGCAUCUUCCUCCACCACGGCAUAAUAAGUUUCCAUUUUUGCGAAAUUGUGUCUUUUGGUUUAUACGAAAUUCUAUCUUAAUAUUGAUGUGCUAAGGAUGUAUUUCAAUUUUCUGUUUAUACUGAACAACAAACUUUGAUUAUUUAUAAAAAUAUAUUUAUUUAU